GUAAUAUCGGCUUUUACUGAAGCAGGUGUACCGUCGAUUUUAAGGGCGAAACUUGAUGAGAGCAACGUAAACGAAAGGGACUGUCUAGGUAGAGUGCCACUACAUUACGCGGUCUUAAACAAUAAUGAAGAGAUGGCGAGUUUUCUCAUAAAAAGCGGUGCUGAUCCUAACAUUCAAAUUUUUAGUCGUGUUACUAAUAACUAUAAACAACUUAUUAAUGCGACAGACUGGUCUAAACUACUUCAAGAGAUGCCCACGCCUGAUGAGGCUACAGCCCUUCAUAUAGCCGUCAAAAACGGUCGCUUGGAAUUAGCGAAGUUACUCCUCCAAAACGGGGCAGAAGUCAAUGCCAGAGGUUUUGGCGAUGUCACUCCGUUAAUGUUAGCAGUGGCUAAUAAAAGAAACACGACGGAAGCCAUAAUAAAAGAACUGAUUGAUUACGGGGCCGAUGUUCAUUUAAUGGACAGUCAAG